GAGACAGCUGGGGGCCGGAGAUGCCUCUCCCCGGGGCCGGGCUGUUCCUUGGGAAGGGACAUUGCCGGCAGGGAGCUGGGAGAGGCGGCGAAAUGCGAGGCAGACUGGAGCAAGUGCAGGAGAGUGCAGUGACAUUCGGUUGCGGCUGUGGGCAGUAGUGCUGCGAGGAAAGGAGUGUUCGAUAGAAAUGACCGCCCCUGUGUGAGGGAGGGCACUGCAGUGCUCAGAAUGAGGUUUGUACGAUGUUUAUCGGGGCCUGGGGGAGGCUCUGAGCGGGGUCAGAAAGGCCCUGCCUUCAGCCCCAUAGCCCAGGCAAGAAUCCACGCCAGCCCUGAGCAGAGCCUGCAGUAUGAGUGGCUGGCCUAUAUGUUGGGAGAAAGGACCAGCAAGAAGUUCACAGAGCACAGCAAAGUCUUUACAGUAGAGGGGAAUCUGUCUUCUGGGAAGGGCCAGCUGGCCCAGCAAAUAGCAGACAAACUGGGGAUGAAGUACUUCCCCGAGGCAGACAUCCACUACCAGGACAGGAUCUCGGGGGAGGGCAAGCUGCUGCCUGAGAAGUUCAAUGGCUUCUGUAGCCUGGAGAAGUUCUACAUGGACCCCGAGUCUCCCGACGGGCACUCGUACCGCCUGCAGUCCUGGAUCUUCGGGAGCCGAGUCCUGCAGUACGCCGACGCCUUGGAGCACCUGCUCAGCACAGGUCAAGGCGUGGUGCUGGAGCGCUCUCCCUACAGUGACUUCGUGUUCCUGGAUGCCAUGUUAAAGCAGGGAUAUGUCCACAAGAGAUGCCUUGAUCACUACAAAGAGGUCAAGGAGAUCAGCAUUUCUGAGUUGCUGCCACCUCACUUGGUCAUUUAUGUAGAUGUGCCUGUCCCAGAAGUGCAGAAGCGGAUUCAAGAGAAAGGCAAGCCAUAUGAGAAAAAGGUGUCUCCUUCCUAUCUCCAGAGCAUUGAGGAUGCUUACAAGAAGACCUUCCUACCAGAGAUCAGUGAGAGCAGUGAAGUUCUGCAGUACACAGCAACUGCAGCUGAGGAUGUGGAGAAGGUUGCUCCUAGGUGCUGUCUCCAUCUCAUCAGGCACCUGAAGUGCAUUUUCCUGACACCAGGGCAGGUUUCCCUCAGCUCCAGGCAGCCAGGUGUGAUAAGCAAUUACCUCCUGGAGCAGCAAAGAUCUGUUUUCUGGUGGAUCCAGGCUGUAAUUGAAGACAUUGAGUACCUGAAGUUUGACAAGGGGCCAUGGGUGGAGCAAGAUGAUGUUUCUUUCCAUCACUUGAGACUUUACGUGCAGGACAAGGCUGGAGUGCUGGAUUCCGUGUCCAUCCCGCGCUUCGUCCCCGAGAUCACCGUUGGCGGCUUUGAGUACGACAAGAUCUAUUAUGAGUACCAGGAGCUCCCUGGGCACAAGUACAAGCCAGGCUACAACGCUGAUGUUGGGGACAAGUGGAUCUGGCUGAAAUGAAAUCUGUUCCUGCUGGAGCCCUGGCCAGGAUGGACCCACAGGACCUGAGGGAAGAGGAGCCACGUUCAGUGCACCUGCUGCACAUCACUUGUGUAGCACCAACGAAACACUGCUGAAAUCAUUUCCUGUCCCCAGCAGAAGGGAGUAGAACUCCCAGAAGGAAAACCACUUCAUUCUGGUUUGUUUUUCCCUGAGGAACUCAGGGAUGUUGGAUAGUCAGUGUGGGAUAGCCAAGUGAGCUGGGGCAGGCUGAACAUCAGAGCUGAAUUUUCUCUUCGUUGAGACUGUGGCACAUUAUUAUCCAGGAUUAGUGGUGUUCUGCUGAUUCAAGAGGAAUUAAACCUGUACCCUCCUGGCUCUCACAAAGUUAA